AUGCUUUCGUCCCACAUUGACCCUGAAGUCCUCGUGGAAAAAUUCCACGAUCACCCGCCCCACCACCGUGGUUUUCACUCAAACACCGCCGUCAACCACAACACUCCUUACUCGAGCCGCUAUGCCUCGAUCAGCGAGCUUUCGAAGUUCAGGAUGCCUCACGAUGGCGCUCCUGCCGAUGCUGUCCACCAGAUGUUGAAGGACGAGCUCGAUCUCGAUGGCCGUCCGAACCUGAAUCUUGCCUCCUUUGUUGGAACAUACAUGGAAGAGCAGGCCGAGAAGCUUAUGAUCGAAAAUCUGAGCAAAAACAUGAGCGAUGCGGACGAGUAUCCGGCGAUGAUGCAGAUGCAUUCUCGCUGUGUUUCCAUUCUCUCGCACCUCUGGGGUGUGCAGAAAGGCGAAAAGGCCGUGGGAACUGCCACAACCGGUUCAAGCGAAGCUAUUCACCUCGGUGGUCUUGCCAUGAAGCGGCGGUGGCAAGAGAAGCGCCAGGCCGAAGGAAAGCCUACGGAUAAGCCGAACAUCAUCAUGGGAGCCAACGCUCAGGUGGCUCUCGAGAAGUUUGCACGCUACUUCGAGGUUGAGGCCCGUAUCCUGCCAGUAAGCGAGAAGAGCUUGUACCGUCUUGACCCCGAUCUUGUUCGAGAGAAUAUUGACGAGAACACCAUUGGUGUGUUUGUGAUUCUGGGCUCCACCUAUACAGGCCACUAUGAGCCAGUCGAGGAGAUCUCUAAGAUCCUGGAUGAGUACGAGGCCAAGACCGGCGUUGAUAUUCCAAUCCACGUUGACGGAGCUUCCGGUGCUUUCAUUGCACCUUUCACCCACGCUCAAGCUGGUGGAUCGAAGUGGAACUUCGAGCUUCCUCGCGUCAAGUCCAUCAAUGUUUCAGGUCACAAGUUCGGCCUGGUGUACGCCGGUGUUGGCUGGAUCAUCUGGCGAGACGAGGCUUACCUGCCCAAGCACCUGAUCUUUGAGCUGCACUAUCUAGGUGGCACCGAGGAAUCGUACACUCUGAACUUCUCUCGGCCAGGUGCGCAAAUCAUCGCCCAAUACUUCAAUCUCAUACACCUUGGUUUCACCGGUUACCGAACGAUCAUGGAGAACGCACUUGCCAACGCUCGCUUGCUGAGCCGGGCGCUCGAGGCCACCGGAUGGUACGAGUGCGUCAGCGACAUUCACAGAAAAAAGGGCGAUCACAAGUAUGAGGAGGGAAAGAAGCCAUAUGACGAGGGCGAGAACAGUGCUGCCUACAAUGCCGGUCUGCCUGUUGUUGCUUUUACCUUGAGCAAGAAGUUCAAGGAACAGUUCCCGCACGUCAAGCAAGUAUCGAUCAGCAACCUAUUGAGAUCGAAGCAAUACAUCAUUCCCAACUACCCUCUGCCACCCAACGAGGAGAAGACUGAGAUUCUACGCGUUGUUGUCCGCGAAUCAAUGAGUCUCGACCUACUUGAUCGCUUGAUUACGGAUAUCUGCGCUGUGACAGAGUCAGUCAUGCAAAGCGACGCUAUCGACCUUGCUGCAUGGCAACCGUUCGCCAACACCAUCGAGAAGACCCAUGGUAGCCGUGGUGUCAGCAGUGCCGAGAAACACAAGGCGAAGAGGCCCAUGCACCAUGACGCUUCGUGUUGCCUUUGUCUGGAGGAGUACGCUUCGAACUUCGAAAGACCAAUAAGGUUUUCGAUCUGUGGCCACACCUUCGGCUCGGAAUGCGUCAAGAAAUUGGUCGGAAACACCUGUCCCGUAUGCCGUGCUGUGCUCUGGGAAGCUCCGCCGGAUGAUCAACCUUCUCCCGACGAGGAUGACCACUAUUACGACGGUGGUGACUACUUCUACGACGAAAAUUACUACUACGACGGAGAUGACUACUUUUAUGACGAGGACCACCACUACUACGACGGGGAUGACUACUAUCAUGACGAAGAUGGCUACUAUUCCGACCAGGGUUACGAAUAUUCUGACGAAGAAUAUGACGAAGAUGCCCCCCACUACCAUGGCGACGACGACGACUACGGAAGUUUCAAUGGCGGCUAUGCCGACGGCCGCGAUCAUGUCGAACGCCACCACUCAAGCUCCAACUCGUACUCGCACCAUCACGAUCACAACCAUAACUAUGAUGGAUGUGGACCCUCCUGCGCCCACGCUCUUGGCACCCACGACUGGCCCCUGUCGGUGACCGUCCGCGGGGAGCCGAUGGCGUACGAAUUGAGGGACCUUGCACGGGUUGCCACAGCGGAAUUCUAUGCUGAAAGGGUAGUGGAGGGAAUGGGUUUUGAAGAUCGAAUGCUUGCGGCGCGAUUGGCGUCCGUGCUGGAUCAGGUGGAGUAUUACGCGUUGCCGGCGAUCAACGCGUGGAACGAGCAGCACGAGGGGCAAGCGUGGGAGGUGCGUGACUUGAGGGACGAGUGGAUGUACGCGAUUACCGCACCGGGGCGGGUGACGCCGUUUGUGAUCGGGCUGGUGGGCAUACUCAGUGAGUAUAUGCUGACGGAGUUGCUGGACAUGGGUGUGUAG